AUGGUUAGAAGGUAUAAUGUAAUUAUACUUAACAACCCCAGACUAUUAUGGAUACUAAUUACACAUUUAAAUGCAGGCUUAUUGAAGAUAAUUUCCAACAAUUUCUUCAAGACAUUCUUUAGAGAUUGUUCUUUACAUUGUUGUAAAGGAGUAGAUAGCUUGAUAAUACAAUGGGGUUGUAAGCUCAUUAAUAAAAAAGGAUUUAAAGUUUUUAUAGAAUCUAUUGAUAAUAAAUAUAAAUUAUACAAAACCUAUAGAUUCAUUAUAAUUUGUUUUUUUUUCCUUGAAAUAUUAUUUGUUAUAAAGAAUAAUAAAAAGAAGUUUAUAGAAUUAAAAAAAACUAUUAUUUUUAAGCUAUAUCGUAUUUGGCUUAUAUAA